CCAGCGCGCAGUGCACUCGCACGCAGGCUCGCAUCGCAGCGCCGCGCACAGUACCGGCCACCAUGGACGACGACCACGGCACCCGCGUCGCCGACUACCUCGACGACAAGCUGCAGACGCCCCAGGACCUCGACGCCCUCGCCGACCUGCUGCACAGCAUCCACGCCCAGCACGGCCUGCUCAAGCAGCAGCUGCACGACGCCCAGCGCGACCUCAGCGACGCGAAGACGGCCGCCCGCGAGCACCACCACGCCCUGCAGGCCCGCGCCCGCGCCUUCCACGACGAGCAGGCCGACAUUGACCGCCGCCUGCAAGUCGUCGCCGCCGCCGACACCAGCGACGACGCCGUGCCCCGCUUCGAGCGCAUCCUCGACACGCUGCAGCGCCUCGACGUCGCCAGCGCAUACGUCGACCUGCUGCGCGAGGUCGACGUGCUGAGCCAAGAAGCCCAGUCGCAGCUCCAGACAUCCAACGAGGCCGCCCUCGCGCCCUACAAGCAGCUGCGCGCCCUCCACACCCGCCUGCUCCGUCUGCAAGAGGACGCCGAGGGUGCUGCUCCCCAGCUGCUGUACCACGUGGACCAGAUCACCCAGGCCCUGCGCUCCCAGAUCCUGCACGCCUUCUCCGCCCAUCUCGACAAUGUCCUCGGCAAGCUCAAGUGGCCCGCGCCGAAAGCCACCAUUACCAGCACGCUGCUUCCCGAGUGGGAGAGCGCGGUGCUCAAGCUGCUCGACCUGCAGCUCCCCGAGCUCGAUGGCGUGCAGUACUCGCAGGCCGACGCGAGCAAGAUCAAGCUCCCCGCCGUGCUCUUUCCCUUCCACGUCCUCGUGCAGCCCCUCGAGAUGCGCUUCCGCUACCACUUUGACGGCGACAAGGCUACCAACCGCAUUGACAGACCCGAGUACUUCCUCUCCCACAUCACCACCCUGCUGAGCGACUACAGCGCUUUUGUUGUUGAGAAUGUGCAGCCCCUCCUCUUGAAGCAGUUCCGCGGCACCGACCUCGCUUUGAACCCCGUCUACAUUGAUGCCAUGUCUGCCUUCAUCACCGCGCUGUUGCCCAUGCUGAGGGCCAAAAUCGGCACCCUUCUGCCCAAGGUGGCCGCCCAGCCCCAGCUCCUGAGCCACCUCAUGCACGAGCUCAUGAGCUUCGACACCACCAUUAGAGAGGAAUGGAGAUACGACGGCGGCUACGGCGUCGAGGGGUGGAAGGGCCUUUCAUGGGAGUUCCUUGUGCAGGGCGACUGGUUUGGGCGGUGGCUGCAGGUCGAGAAAGACUUCGCCUUGGCCCGCUAUCAGAGUAUUGUGGAAGCUCCAGAUUUUGGGGAUCUGGACUACGAGAGCGUCGAUCCCAAAGCCACGAAGCCCACAAAGGGAGCGAUCCGCGUCAAUGACUUGCUCGAAACAAUCACAGACCGUUACAGGCCCUUGACAUCCUUCACCCAGAAACUAAGAUUUCUGAUCGAUAUCCAGAUCACCGUGUUCGACAAGCUCGAGGAGCGGCUCCGCGGCAAUCUGGAAGCCUACCUCACCCUGACCACGUCUCUAGGCCGUGCGAUGGGCGGCGUGUCCAAAGAAGAGCAGGAGAGGCUGCUGGGCGUCGAAGGCCUCGAACGGCUUUGCAAGACGUACGGUAGCGCAGACUACCUCGAACGGGCAAUGCGAGAUUGGAGCGACGACGUGUUUUUCCUCGACAUCUGGGACGAGCUGCAAGAUCGUGCGCGCCGGGCCGGGAACAUCGGCGCCAUGUCUGUUGCAGACGUGGCAGAACGCACCUCAAAAGCCGUCGGCGGUGACAGCGACGGCGGCGCGCUCUUCGACGAAACCGCAGCGGCGUACUCGCGCCUCCGCAUCCGGAGCGAGAAGAUCAUCACCGACACCCUAAACAGCAACGUGCGUGAGGCGCUGCGAGCCUACCGACACAUCAACCCCUGGGCCACGCUUUCCGCUUCGAGCUCCGCGCUGGCCAGCACCGCUGAGCUCGACCCACUCAUCGCCUAUCUGACCACGACGCUGGGAUUUCUCUCCCGCGCCCUCGCGCCUGCCCCGCUGCGCCGCAUCGCGAGGAGCGCCCUUGCUACCGUGAGCUCCAUCGUCUGGGACAACGUCGUCAGCCGGCACCGCUUUUCGACCGCGGGCGCCGCACAGCUGUCGUCAGACCUGCACGCCGUCUGUCAUGUCGUCGACAAGGCGGUUGGGCCCGGCGUUGCCGAGGCUGGGCUGCGGCGCUGUCUCGAGGGCGCGCAGCUGCUCAACCUGCCCAUCAAGGGUGGCAAGGCGCCGGCAGAAUCCUCCGACGACACGGGCGACACUGGCUACGACUGGGAAGCCUGGGGUGCAGGUGCAGAUGACGAGGGCGAAACGGGGGGUGGUACGGGGAGCGAUGCCGGGGGUGGCGCUGUGCUUGGCGACGCCGACCUUGGGCUGUGGGAGGUCGAGCGGAGGCUGUUUGCGGACAAUACGAGUGCGCGUGGGGUGCUGGAGGCGCUGGGGCUCGAGAUGCUGAGUGAGAGCGAGGGGCGCGCGGUGCUGGGGCGGAGGGUGGAGCUCGCUGGGUAGAGGCAGAGGUCCGUAGAAGGUAGAGAUAGACGGUGAUGGGGACGUUUGUGGCGCGCGCAGAGGUUACACACACUGGCGAGCAAGACCCUAUUCCAUACAAAACGGCGGUCUAUCAUGACGACUGCAUAAAUGCUCUGCCCUGCAGUCUCAGCAUACCCUCGGGGGCUCCAUGUACCUGGAAUCGUUCGCUGUCCAUCAGAGCCUGAUUGUCA